UUUUCUUACUAUUCUCCAUUGACAAACCAAACCUUACGACUAGUCAAGGAGCACGACCCUAGACAGUAGACUAAUGACGAUGUGUAGCUUUAUAAGAAAUGCACACUCUUCAUAUGAUCUCCCUCCCCCACCUCUAAGCUUUUCUCAUGGUUUCGAUCUUAUGCGUCCUCUUUUCCUUCUUCUUCCUCUGCCUCCAUGUCUCUUCCGCCGAUACGAUCUCAGCUGACUUCUCUCUGUCUGGAGACCAGACAAUCUUCUCCUCCGGCGGAACUUUCAAACUGGGCUUCUUCCAACCUGGCAAUUCUACAAACUUCUACAUAGGUAUGUGGUACCAGCAACUUUCUCAACAAACAAUCGUAUGGGUAGCUAACCGCUACAAACCAGUCUCGGACAAGAACGCAUCAGUUCUCAGAAUUUCCGACGGUAACUUAGUCUUACUCGACGGUAACAACUUAGUUUGGUCCACCGGUCUCAACUCCACCUCUGCUCACGAAGCCGUGUUGCUUGAUGACGGCAAUCUCGUUCUCAGAGACGACUCAGGCUCUGUUCUAUGGCAAAGCUUCGAUCAUCUGAGUGACACGUGGCUUCCUGGAGCCAAAAUCAGGUACGACAAACGAACCAAGAAGAGUCAACGUCUCACGUCGUGGAAGAACAGUGAAGACCCAUCACCAGGUUUGUUCUCUGUCGAGCUAGACGAGUCAACAGCUUACAAGAUCCUCUGGAACGGGUCGACCCAGUACUGGUCGAGUGGUCCUUGGAACCCUCAGAGCAAGAUCUUCGAUUCAGUCCCAGAGAUGAGACUCAACUACAUCUUCAACUACAGCUUUUUCUCCAACGCAACAGAGUCAUACUUCACUUACUCCAUGUAUAACUCUAGGAACAUCUCACGACUCGUCAUGGACGUUUCGGGACAGAUUAGGCAGACCACUUGGUUAAACAACAACAAUCAGUGGAAUUUGUUUUGGUCUCAGCCUCGACAACAAUGCCAAGUCUACGCAUACUGUGGCUCCUUUGGGAUUUGCAAUGACCAGUCUCUGCCUUUUUGCCAAUGCCCUCAAGGGUUUAGGCCCAAGUCGCAAAAAGACUGGGACAUGAAAGAUUACUCUGCUGGCUGCGUUAGAAAGACUGAGCUACAAUGCUCUCCUGGAGUCAUUAACCAGUUUCUGCCUCUUACCAACGUGAAACUACCUGACAACUUAGAGGUAUGGGGGAUAACGAGUUUUAGUAUGUGCGGGUCGACUUGUCUAGGGAACUGUUCUUGUACGGCUUAUGCACAUGAUGAAAGCUCGAAUCGAUGCUUGAUGUGGACUAAAGAUGUCUUGAAUCUUCGACAACUCGAAGAAGAUUACAGUGAGGGGAAUACACUUUAUCUUAGACUCUCUGCUUCCGACAUGCCUACUAGUUCUUCUUCAGGUAAGAGUUGUAACAAAGCGAUGAUAUUUGGCGCGGUUCUAUGCUCGUUAUGGUACUACUACCGCUGGUUUUUUCAAGAGCUAUGGCACAUUGCCUAGACCAUUAAUAGACUUAUUAAAGAAGGAUAUGAUCCAUUGGUUGGAGAAAGCACAAGAAGCAUUUGAUCGCUUGAAAGUCACAGUGUGUUAUUACCCCAGUCUUGGCUUUACCGGAGCCAAGCGCUUUGUGGUUCAGGUUGAUGCUUCUGGUUUUGGAGUUGGAGUUGUAAUAAUCUAUCUAUACUAUUAUUUAUGAAGUAAUUUUGCUGA